CGUGAUGCUAUCAGAGUUGGUGUGGUGGUGGUGGUGAUGGUUGAUGAGGCGGCCAUUGUUGGUGCCUUGGAGGAGAAGGAGGACGAGGAGGACGACAACGACGAGGAAGAGCAGUGUUGGUGUACCCUCAUCUUCCUCCUCCUCCUCCUCCUCCUUUUUCGUCUCGUUCGUAUCGGUGAAGGACCUCAACUUGUAACCUCAACUAAGAGUGUAGUAGAGUGA